CAGAAAGCUGCGUGUUGGAAUGUCAGGGUAUCUGUAUGGGUCAGACAGUGUGUAGGGCACUUCCUGGAGGUGUUGUUUUUUUUUCUUCCUCUAAAGCAAAUCUUUGACAAAGCCUGAGUGUUUUUAUCGGCUGUCAGAGAUAACACAAGGCAGGUCUCAGGAAAAGGAUAGUGGAGCAUUGCUUUGUAAGCAGAAUGAUUCAUACACUUGCUUUGAACAAGAGCAAACAGGUUCAACGGGCAGUGCCAGUGAUAAAAUGAGCUUCCUAUAGGUGUUAAUCCCAGUUCUGAGGAUGGUUCCCCUGCAAUAGCCAGCUUCCUGCCCUCAGCUCCCCCCAAACCCCGCAUUCCUGUGGCCGACACACCUCCCCCUGCUUCUCUCGUUCCUUGCUACGCUCCUGCCGUCCAUUCUGCUGCCGGUUCCCGGUCGCCCGGAAAUAAGUGAGUGCCAGGCGGGGCCACCUGGAGCGCCCUGCUGCCUCUCCCCCUCCUGCUGCUGGUUCUCCUGAAAACCGCAGGAAUGCGGCUCCGUGGAGACCCUGCUGCAGUGCUGAGUGAGGCUGAGUGUGUCAGCGGGUUCACGUGGCUGAGAGGCAGAGCGGUCAUACUGCUGUCAUCUUCCUAAGGAAAUGCCCCAAAACCCACGAGGAGUUUUGCGUUAUGAGAAUGUUGUCACCCAAAUCCAAACUGAAUUGUUUCUUGCAUCCCGGAAAUCAAUCUAUCAGGAAAUAGAGGAAAAAAACGAGGCCAGAGGCACAUGGCUGUCAGCUCCUGCAGGCAGCUUGGGGUCAUGAGCAGGCUGUGCCCGGCACCCCGACACCCUCCUGCCCACCGAGGGUCCAAGGCCGUGUGAGGACCUUCAGCAGCCCCCUGAGCGGGCACAGGAUGCGUUUCUGCUUUGAAAAUCCGCUUCCCUGACCAAAACAGACGGCAAGAAACCCCCAGGGCUCCCUGCACCUCGACAGCGGGGGGCACGGGGGAGCAGCGCACCUGGGGGCGGGUCCUAUCGGGGCGGGGCCCGGAGCACCUGCGGGGCGGGGUCUGCCGGGCUCACCUGCCCGUGGCCCCGCGGCGGGGCUGCGCCGUGCGGAGGUUGCGGCAUCAUGGCCCGCUUGCUGGGCACCCUGCGCGGCUCGCAGCCCGUGGCGCGUUUCCAGCGCUGCUGCGGGCUGUUCCCCGCCGGAGAGGAGGGAGGCGGCGACCACCCCGCCGAUGGGGUCCGGCAUCGCGUGGUCUGUAACGGAGGCGGAGCGGGAGGGCAGCUCCGUCCGGGAGCGCCCAACGGAGUGCGGGGCGGCCGAGGCCCGCAGGGCUGUGUACAGAAGUAUGUUGUGAAGAACUACUUCUACUAUUACUUAUUCAGGUUUUCAGCUGCUUUGGGCGAAGAGAUCUUCUACAUCACCUUCCUCCCAUUUAUCUACUGGAACAUUGAUCACUCCGUGUCUAGAAGGAUGAUAAUCGUUUGGUCUAUUGUGAUGUACAUAGGGCAGGUCUCCAAGGACAUCCUCAAGUGGCCGCGGCCCCUCUCGCCACCUGUUGUGAAGCUGGAGAUGAGGACGGAUGCAGAGUACGGGAUGCCUUCCACCCACGCCAUGGCAGCUACUGCCAUCUCCUUCUCCUUUUUCAUCACAACCAUGAACCAGUACAAGUACCCGUUUGAGCUCGGCCUGAUGGCAGCGUUCGUGUUCUCCACGCUGGUGUGUCUCAGCAGGCUGUACACGGGGAUGCACACGGUGCUGGAUGUGAUCGGUGGGGCACUGAUCUCAGCAGUGCUGCUGGUGCUCCUGUACCCUGUGUGGGACAGCAUCGACCACGUGCUGCUGACCAGCCCCUUCUGCCCACUGCUGUCCAUCGCUGUGCCCCUCCUGCUGUGCUACAACUACCCCAAGCUGGACUACUACAGCCCCACCCGUGGGGACACCACCACCAUCCUCGGGGCUGGAGCUGGAGCAACUGUGGGCUUUUGGUUGAACAACCAGUACGUGGCACCUGCCUAUGUGGGCAGCAACAUGGGAUUUCCUCUCAUCACCGGUACCACGGUGAUACUCAUGCUGGCCAGGUUCUUUGUAGGGCUCCUCAUUAUCCUAAUGACACGACAGCUGAUGAAGAAUGUGGUCCUGCGUGUGCUGUGCUACUGCUAUACAUUCCCCAUUGCUGACCUGAAUGCCCGGAGGAGGCUGGAAGUAGAAGUGCCGUAUAAAUUUGUGACGUACUCAUCAGUGGGCUUCACUGCUACCGUCAUUGUGCCACUGCUGCAUGAGCUGUUGGGGCUGAUUUGAGCCUGGCUCCUUGGCAAGUAGCUCACGGUGCUGCCAUUUCAGAGAGAAGCUGUUCAAGGCUUGGACUUGAUCAUAGAGGGUUUGUUGCCUUUCUGCACUGGUAAAACACCCAGUUCUGAAAACUGGGGAGGACUCUCUGUACCCCAAUAACUUUGAGUUAGAUAUCAUCGAUCCCAUUGAUACUGCAUCCCAUAAAGUAGUGACCCGUGGCUGAGCAUGGUGAGCACAGCAUGAAGCCACAUCCCUGCAAGUGAGCAGUGCUAUGAGCACACACACACACACACAAAACAAAAUCCAACCCCACGGAGUGAUUUCUAACUAAUCUCUCUCUAAUCCUAACCCAAAAGAUCCUUUCCCUGUACAUUGGAGCAAAGUGGUGGCAGUGAUGAAGCUCAUGGUGGUGCUUCUGGAGCCCGGCUCUGUGUCCGUGCAGGGACUGGGUGCAGACAGCCCCUGCAGUGCCCUGGGGUGAAGGGCAACGCUGAGCUGCCACAUCACUGUUGAUCUUUUGCACAUCUUGGGGUACUGUACAGAGUUGUAGAAUAGCAUUAGCAGUGUCCAUAGACAUGCCAUCGCUCUGCUGCUCAGGCUGUGUAUUUAAAAUAGUGCGUACUUGCCUUAGGACCAACGAGCUGUAUAAGAAAUACAGUGGUGAGUGUGGUCUGCUGGGCUGGGAGAACAUAGUGCUGCGCCACAGAGCUCGGGAUGGCCCUGUGUGCCUUCCCUGCCUGCGCAGUGUGAGCUUUAGCUGUGCACCUUCGUGCUCAGGGCUGCAAGGUUGACUUGGAUGUAAGGGAGGUGCUUUGCCAUCCGUUGGCUGCCUGUACACACACAGCUGAGCCCCAACACCAAGCUGGGAGCUCUGACUGACCAGCUGGGGCACUUGAAAGAGCUGCGUGAUCUCAGACACAGUCAGUGAGCUGCAGAAGGAACGCGGGCAGAAACGUUACCCAUUUGUAGGUUUGCCUGGGCUGCGGUUAAACUGUUUUAAAUUAAAGCGUGUGGACACAUCUGUCUUCACAUGUGCACGCAAAGAACUUGGAUGGAUUUCCUCCCACACUGCUGUGGUGGGCGUGGGGUUUCGGCCACCAAAGCUGCUGUGUCUCCACUGCAGCCCCCUCCUGGUGCUGCCGGUCACAGGCGGGGGGGCACAGCAUCACUGCAGGUGAUGAGAUCAUGAGAGGCACAGCCUGAGUGGGGGGCACCUGUGUGUAACACUCCUGUUCUGAAUUGCAGCUUCUUGGUGUUACGGGAACUCGUGUGAGUUGUACAGAGAUUUAUAAAGUAUGUGCACAGAUGUUUUUAUCUUUUAUAGUAUUCACCUGUAUGGGAUUCAUGCGAUGCGUGCAAACUGUACUUGGUUCAAAUUUUAAAUAUAAUUAUUUUGCAAGA